AUGGAGGCGCCCUGGCGCCAGGGCGGACGGGGCCGGGGCCGCGCCAGGCCCGGGGAGGGACUCGCCGCCCGCGCUGGGGCAGCCGCCCGACCCCCGGCCCCGAGGGCCCGCGGCGGUGCCAGCGCUGGGGCCGCGGGGAUCAGCGGCGAGGUGGCCAGGGAAUUAUCUUCACAGAAGAAAUUUGAUGAAAUUAAGAAGGCUAAUCAGGCUGCAGCAAAAAAGCUAGUUGAAGACCAGUUUAGCUCCUCGUCUGAAGAAGAUGAUGAAGAUGCUGAAGUAAAACAGGGAAAGAUUUUGGACAAAACAUUUACCAUUUACACCAGUCAAACCGAUGGAGAUGCAAGUGAACUGGAACGUACAAGACAGUACAUGAAUGAAGCUUUUCAGUCAGGGGCCAUGACAUGUCUGAUCUGCAUUGCUUCGGUUAAACGGAACCAAGCUGUCUGGAGCUGUUGUGGAUGCUUUUGUAUAUUUCACCUGGUGUGUAUCCAAAAGUGGGCCAAGGACAGCCUUUUCCUUGUGUCCUCUCCUCUGACAGAUGAUGAUUUUGGGAAGAAAGAUUAUCCCUGGCCAUGUCCAAAAUGUAGGUUUGAAUACAAACGGUCUGAAACUCCCAGUAGGUAUUACUGUUAUUGUGGAAAAGUGGAGAAUCCAACACUGGACCCAUGGCUGGUGCCUCACUCCUGUGGUCAGAUAUGUGAAAGGGAAUUCAAACCUUCUUGUGGUCAUAAAUGUUUGCUGCUUUGUCAUCCAGGACCCUGUCCACCUUGCCCAAAGAUGGUGACAAUAACCUGCCACUGUAAGAAAGCUAAACCAGUGCCACGAAGGUGCAGUGCCAAGGAGUGGUCGUGUCGGCUGCCGUGUGGACGAACACUGCUGUGUGGACAACACACUUGUGAGAAUUCCUGUCACCCAGGAGAUUGUCAGCCUUGUCCACGAGUUAGUAAACAGUGGUGCAUCUGUGGAAGACAAACUGCAGAAAGACAGUGUGCAAGUCCUCAGUGGCAGUGUGACCAGAUGUGUGGGAAACCUUUGCCUUGUGGUAAUCACACAUGUGAACAAAUCUGCCAUGCUGGUCCCUGUGGAGACUGUCCUCGUUCUGGGAAAAGGUCCUGUCCAUGCGAAAAAUCCAAGUUCACAUUGCCUUGUACAGAAGAUGUGCCCACUUGUGGUGAUAGUUGUGACAAAGUUCUGGAGUGUGGCAUCCAUAAAUGCUCACAGCGCUGUCAUCGAGGUCCCUGUGAAAUAUGCAGACAGGAAGUUGAAAAACAGUGUCGCUGUGGAAAGCACACUAAGCGCAUGCCAUGUCAUAAGCCAUAUUUGUGUGAAACAAAGUGUACUAAAAUUCGUGAUUGUCAAAAGCACCAAUGUAAGAGAAAGUGCUGUUCUGGAAACUGUCCACCUUGUGAUCAAAUCUGUGGGCGGACUCUGGGCUGCAGAAAUCACAAAUGUCCUUCAGGCUGUCACAGAGGUAGUUGUAAUCCAUGUCCAGAGACUGUAGAUGUGAAAUGCAAUUGUGGAAAAACUGUCAUUAAAGUGCCCUGUGGCAGGGAGCGCACCAUCAAACCUCCCAAGUGCAAACAGCUCUGCAGUAAACCACCUACCUGUCACCACUCUACCAGAGAGAAACACUACUGUCACUUUGGUCGGUGUCCUCCAUGUCGUCAGUCCUGUCAGAAAGCAUUAACGUGUGGUCAUUUGUGCCCUGUUUCCUGCCAUGAUGAAGCACUUGUGAAGCAAACUGGCUCACAUCAAUCUGCAGGUCCUUGGGAACAGCCUUCUGAGCCAGUUUUUAUUCAAACUGCAUUGCCAUGUCCUCCAUGUGUGGUUCCUGUGCCAGUGGAGUGUCUUGGGCAGCACGAGAUUAGUCCAUUACCAUGUCACUCUGCAAAUCCCUACUCAUGUAAAAGAUUAUGUGGACGGCUGCUUGAUUGUCAGAAUCACACCUGUAUGAAAGAAUGUCAUCAUGUUACUAAAUUGAACAGCAAUGCAGAUGGAAAGAAGGCAGGUCCAGAAUGUUCUCAGUGUGAAGAAGAGUGUACCAAGUCACGGCCGUCUGGUUGUCCUCAUCGCUGUGUUUUGCCCUGUCAUCCUGGGGACUGUCCCUCAUGCCUCCAGAUGCUCAAAAUAAAAUGUCACUGCAAACUAUCAAUGCUGUAUAUUGAAUGUUUAAAACUGACACGUGCUGACUUAAAGGAAAAAGAGCUGCUUAUUUCCUGCAAAAAUCAGUGUCCAAAAGAGUUGCCUUGUGGUCACCGAUGUAAAGAGAUUUGCCAUUCAGGUAGCUGUCCGCUGAACUGCAGCCAGAAAGUUAAACUCCGAUGUCUCUGUAAGAGGCUGAAAAAGGAAAUACAGUGCAGCAAGAUACAAGAAGGCCAAGUUUCACUAGAAUGUGAUGAAUUGUGCAAGGAAAUUAAGCGGAAAGCAUCUGAGAUAAAAGAGGCAGAAGCCAAAGCUGCUAUUGAAGAAGAGAAGCGAAGACAACAGGCUGAACUGGAAGCUUUUGAAAACAGAUUAAAAGGGCGAAGAAAGAAUAAGAGAAGAAAGGAUGAAGUAGAAAUUGAACAAUCAUCAUGGCAAAAAUACAAGAACCUCAUUAUGCUGCCAAUGUUCGGAGUUGCUGUUGUGAUGGUUGCAUGGCUUAUGGUCUACAAUGACUGAAACAAUAUUUAAAAUACCUCAGUUGGGCUUUAGGUAGCUAUUAUUCCUAGAAUGUUAGUCUCUGUGUAACAACAUAAUAUGCAUAGAUUAUGUAGGUAUACUGUUUGCCAAGAAAAGCGCAGAGAAGAAAUGUGACCUUUAGUGUUAUUAACUUCACAGCACAAAAAUUAAUUCAGACACUGACAGUAAUAGUAAAUUUUAGUCUACACUGAUGUGCUGAUGUAGUUUGUCUGACUGAGAUCUGUUAACAUCUGUUUGAUUAAUAUGUUGUGUUAUUUUUUCCUUGUCUCCAUAAUAGAGUAGCUUGGGGUAAAAUGCUUAACGAAUAUUUGUUUCCUGUAAAAUCAGUUUAGUGGUUUAUUGAAGAUCAGUAUUCUUAUGCUAGUCUUUAUGUUGUAUCACACAAUGAUUUCUGUGCUUUGUGUCAGUUUAAUUAUACCAACUAACAGAGAACUUUAGAUCACUUAGCCCUGAAUAUUAUGUGGCCUCAUGUCAGAACUUUGUUCAGAGAAAGGAGAUGUGAGCUGCCUUUCAAGUCAUUUAUAUCACUGACAAUAAAAUGGGCUUCCUUACAGACUGUGGAAUUUGUUUCUUGGUUGUUCCCCCACCUUGUUCCUCAAAAUCAAACCAACUGAAAACUUCAUUUAGUAGACAGAUGCAUAUGCUGAACGUGGAUGUGAAGUAGCUUAGGGUACAGGGAUGCAUUCUCAUCACUGCCUCCAUUGCCA